CUUUGGACCACCUGAACCUCUGUUCUCAUACUCUCUACCAAACUCAUGUCCGUUUGUGGUGCAUAGCUGCCUUUACUUUGGCUAACGCAUACUCUGUUUUGCCUGUAUGAUUUCUCGUCCCAGGCGUUCGUUAUACGUCACCUAAUCUCCUGAGGCGCGCCCCUCAUUGUAGCUCUCAGUACUCGUCAGUUCCACGUCGCCGAAGAGGUACAUUCAAGUCCCCACUGACUCGUAACCUUUCGGAUAUCGACCAGGAUCUGUCGUAUCGCAAUCAUUGACAGAGCAAGUUCAGACUUGCAAUAUCGCAAGUCUUUGGCUACCGGCUUCUCAUCAAGUUUGGUUUCUCAAGCACCACCUCUGAUGAGGCGGUGGUGAGCCCGGCUGGUUGUAAUUGUUUAAUUUUCCCCUCUCCGCGUAUCUGCCGGCUUGCCUUCCGGCUCACCUUCCGGACCCGCCUGCCGCUGGUCAGGAUGAGCCUCACAAACCCGCCAACGGGAGCUUCUGGUCCCGGCUCUGUCUCGGGAAGGAACCAAGGCCUGAAGAGGAGUGUUCAGUCUGCUUUUGAAGAUCCCGCAGAUCGAGGAAGUGAACCAUAUCAAUCCAAAGUUAGGGUUGUGGACAAGUACAAAGUCAUUGGUUUCAUCAGCAGUGGUACUUAUGGACGAGUGUACAAAGCCGUCGGUCGCCAGGGCCAGCCCGGCGAGUUUGCGAUCAAGAAAUUCAAACCUGACAAAGAGGGAGAACAGAUCCAGUACACGGGAAUCUCUCAGUCGGCGAUUCGCGAAAUGGCUCUCUGCUCGGAACUGGAUAACACAAAUGUUAUUCGUCUUGUGGAAAUCAUCCUCGAGGACAAGUGCAUCUUCAUGGUGUUCGAAUAUGCCGAACACGACUUACUUCAGAUCAUACAUCACCAUACGCAGAACCCAAGACAUUCCAUACCGCCGGCAACAGUCAAGAGUAUCAUGUUUCAAUUGCUCAACGGCUGCCAGUAUCUCCACAACAACUGGGUGUUGCAUCGCGACUUGAAACCGGCCAAUAUCAUGGUCACGUCCGCAGGUCAAGUCAAGAUUGGUGAUCUCGGUCUUGCAAGACUAUUUUAUAAGCCUUUACAUAAUCUUUUCAGCGGCGACAAGGUCGUCGUCACCAUAUGGUACCGCGCGCCAGAACUCCUGCUGGGAAGCCGGCAAUACACACCUGCCAUCGACAUGUGGGCCGUCGGGUGCAUCAUGGCCGAACUGCUGUCGCUGCGGCCAAUAUUCAAAGGAGAGGAGGCCAAGAUGGACUCGAAGAAGACGGUCCCAUUUCAGCGGAAUCAAAUGCAGAAGAUCGUCGAUAUUAUGGGCUUGCCAACCAAGGAACGCUGGCCGUUCCUCACAAGCAUGCCAGAAUAUACAGCUUUGAAUACUUUACAACCACCGAUGCUGCAGCCUCCUGGUUCACGACACCAUAAUAAUUCAUCAGCAUCAACGUCACAUCUGGAGAAAUGGUACUACGCAACGAUCAACGGUCAAUCCACCACAUCUUCGCCGAGCUCCAAUGGUGGUCUGGCUUCCUUGGGGGCGGAAGGCUAUAAGCUACUUUCUGGGCUGCUUGAAUACGAUCCUGAGAAGCGACUUACCGCUCAACAAGCACUACACCACCCUUUCUUCACUACCGGCGACAAAGUGAGUAACAACUGCUUCGAGGGAAUCAAGACGUCAUACCCAAUGCGCAGAGUUAGCCAGGACGACAAUGAUAUCAGAACAUCGUCAUUACCAGGUACGAAACGAAGCGGGCUACCGGACGAUAGUCUCGUGAGGCCGGUGAAGAGGGUCAAGGAGGCUUGAAUGGUGUUGCAACUUUGAAGUUGGUCCGCGGUCAUGUGCCUAUUGUAGUAAUGGUGGGCUCUCUAUAACAU